ACAAUGAUUCCUUUUUAUCCUUCCUUAAAACCAUCACCGGCGUACAAGUUCUGGUUCUCUGUCGACGAAUCGUACGAUGACGAUGCGGAAGUAAAUGCGAUGGAAACGGAGCACACGGAAUGGUUGAACCGGAUCAAUCUCAUCGGGCUGGAGCUUACGCCGAUUGGCAAAAGUUCCAACGAGCAGCACAUGGAAAAUAUGGACACGGAAGAUGAGGAUGCAAACGACGAGAGCGACGAUUCAGACAACUCGGACGAUGACGAUGACGAUAUGGAUGAUUUGAACAAUACGCGUGGAAAUCUUCCGGAUGAAAUCACUGCCGUGACGGGAGGCUACAUGGGAGACGAUCUUCAACCAUCUGAUACGCUGUAG